AGCAUUAAUGAGGAAAAAACGUACUUAAUACACACCAAUCUUUAUUGUUUGACAAGUUAUGGUUGUCGGGUUAUGCUGAUGAAUUUCUUUUUUCUAGACCUCCUGAAUCUGUAGGGUACAGACCACCUCUGGAGUUUAUUAACAAAGAGUUCAGAACUAAAGAACACAUCCGGAGACUUCCUGUCUAGACCUCUGCCAAAAUGGCUGGAGAAAACCCUCUUUUCAAACAUUACCUGACUUGCAACGUGUGCACUGAGAUCCUCAAGGACCCGGUGUCUCUGGGCUGUCACCACAGCUUCUGUUCCAGCUGUCUCCAGGACUUCUGGGCCCAAGCUGAGAACAAGAACUGUCCCGUCUGUAAGAGGAAAUCCUCAAAGGAUAUAGAGGUUAACUUUGCCAUCAAGGAGCUCGCUGACUCCUACGCUGGAAGACAGAGGUCUGACCCCUCUGAUGAGGCCCAGGUGGUCUGCACUGAACCCUCCCAGAGGUCUGACCCCUCAGGAGAGGCCCAGGUGGUCUGCACUGAGCACUUAAAGGAUAUCAAGUGGUUCUGUAAGGAGGAGCAGAGAGCUGUGUGUCAUGUGUGUGAGUUCCCUCACCACCAGGGUCACACGGUGGUUCGUCUUGAAGAACCAGUCCAGGAGCUGAAGCAGCAGCUGACACAUGACCUCAGGGCUCUACAGGCCAGGAGGAGCAGACACCAGGAGCUGGAGGAGACGUAUGAGGCCAUGGUUCCUCACCUCAAGGUACAGCGGGUGAAGACCGAGAGGCGGAUCAGAGCAGAGUUUGAACAGCUUCACCGGUUCCUGAGAGAGGAAGAGGAGGCCAGAGUGGCGGCCCUGAGAGAGGAAGAGGAGCAGAAGAGGAAGAGGAUCCUCCUGGAGAGGAAGACCCUUCAGGAGCAGAUCCGGUCUCUCUCAGAGGGUCUCUCGGCUGUAGAAGCAGACCUGCAGAAGGACGGCCUGUCGUUCCUCAUGGCUUCCACGCGCUCCCGGACCAGCGCCAGAGCCCUGCUCUCCGGUUCUGAUCCCCUGCUGCUUCCUGGAGCGCUGCUGGACGAGGCCAAACACCUGGGAAACCUGGCCCACAGAGUCUGGGAGGAGAUGGGGCAGAGGACCACCUUCAGCCCCGUUACUCUGGACCCAAACACUGCAGAAUGCUGGCUCUCUCUGUCUGAUGAUCUGACCAGCGUGAGACAUAGCGAUGUAACCCAGGAGGUUCCUAACAACCCAGAGAGGUUCACUAGGUACCUUAAUGUUCUGGGCUCUGAGGGCUUCAGCUCAGGGGAACACUGCUGGGAGGUGGAGGUGGGAGACCAUCCUGACUGGAUAAUAGGUGUUGCUAAAGAGUCAGUGGACAGGAGAGGAGAGCGUAUGGUUUCACCAGAUGAUGGAAUCUGGUGUUUACUCCACCGCAGUGGAAAGUACUCUCGGCAUACUGGUAAAACCCUGACAUUGAAGAGGACUCCAGAGAGGAUCAGAGUCCAGCUGGACUAUGAUGGAGGGAAGGUGUCCUUCUACGACCCUGAAGACAUGACUCUCAUCUACACCCAUCAAUACACUUUCACUGACAGCAUCUUCCCUUGGUUUAGUCUUGGACCAGCAGGUGAAGCCCGGACCAGAGGUGUUAGAGUGUGUGGUGUCUCCUCACGCACUAAACCAUGUAAAUGAAUGUAACCUUGUCAGUUCUGUUUGCCUGCUAGAGUCUCUAGUAUGUAGAAAGACAGUAUCAUAUAUGUAUGUAUGUAUGUAUGUAUGUAUGUAUGUAUGUAUGUAUGUAUGUAUGUAUGUAUGUAUGUAUGUAUGUAUGUAUGUAUGUAUGUAUGUAUGUAUCUAUCUAUCUAUCUAUCUAUCUAUCUAUCUAUCUAUCUAUCUAUCUAUCUAUCUAUCUAUCUAUCUAUCUAUCUAUCUAUCUAUCUAUCUAUCUAUCUAUCUAUCUAUCUAUCUAUCUAUCUAUCUAUCUAUCUAUCUAUCUAUCUAUCUAUCUAUCUAUCUAUCCAUCCAUCCAUCCAUCCAUCCAUC